GUUCCUUCCUCAUGAUCUCACCACUCGAAUAGCUUGAGAGAACACGGGCAUGAUACCACUGGUCUGAGCCCAUGUCGCUCGACCCUUGUGCAGGCUUUGCGGCAACCAACCCUGAUAACGCUGGAAUCGGUGUACGAAUUAGCUUCUAUCUGCAGACAUUCUUGCUGGGUCGGUGCUUCCACGCGAGAAUCCAAGUUCUUACGCUCCGCUCUCUGUAGUCUUCCUCGUCGAUCGGUCAUGGGUGGACGCGCCUAUUGCGCUGUGGACAUUCCUCGCCACCAGCUUUGGCCUCACUGUGGCAGCAAUCAUCCAAGAAGCUCAAGGGCAACUUACCCUGUACCAGGGUUUGCAGGUGUCUAAUCUUGUCUGGUGCAUAUUUGUCGAUUCUGGAGUCCUGGACGUUGCCUCAAACUCCCAUUCGGUUUUUCAGGCUUGCAAAUUUCGGCAUGUUUGUGGCGAUGGCAAGCUACAGUCGUCAAAAAGCCGCCAGUCACUCGAACACCGUAUAUGACUACAACGUCAAGUCAGGGAUCUUGCUGCAAACAUUUCUGUCGAUUUGUCUUACGAUUUAUAUGUGGGCAACCAUCGAAACCUUCGGCAGCCUCCCUCAGUGCUCACAUCUUGUCACAUUUAUGGUCUUUGUAAUCAAAGUCCCUGCUCUUCAACCAGGCAAGAUCAUCGGGUUGACUGCGUCCUCUGUGCUAUUGGUCAUGUAUACCUCGAUAUCACUCCAUGAGCUGUUUGCUUCCGUGAGGAGACGACGCGUGAAAGCAUUGAUUCCCCAUCACCUUCGGACCUCGACUCCGAGACACUCUACCCUGCCCACCGUUCAAACCCCUACAACACCGGCGGCAGUCCCAAGUGCAAGCCUCCGCCGACCGCCAAGUUUGGCCAACAUCAGUGUGGUGCCGAGGACAGCAACGCAGACUUCGAUCCUUUCUCCGACGGAGAUCGUGUCUCUCUCGUCCGCAUCUGGGCCCAGUCAAUCGGUUCUCAAGCGUCGGCCUCGCAGGACACAGUGGUCACGUGAGGUCGAUCCAAUGUUCAUCGGUGUUGUCAUCUGCCAAGUCCUGGUCUUUACAUAUUUUAUAGUCUCCAGCGAGCUUUUGCUCACUAACAAUUACGGGGCUCAGGAUGCUGCGCAACAGAUGGGCUUCGGGCAGGUGCGCAGGGCGUUCCUUAUCGGGUAUAUUAUUACAACUCAUCGCUCACUGAGCCCGAAGAUUUCUGCGCUGAUUGUGAUUCUUCCUGGCGCGCUUGCUGUUAUCGGUGCUGUAAGGGAACAUGGCUUCAAGCGGCUUUCCAAACGAAAGCGAUCGAACACGAGACUUCGAAGUCGACGGAAUACAAAUGUAUAAAUUAUCAUCGGUUGAAUAUUGUAGGGCGGUGCGGAAUGCAAUGUCUAGUGAUCGUCAGAAGUGGGUGUGCCCCACUUGACCAGGGCGCUUAGUCCGUUUUGCCAGUCCUCGACGCGUCGCCCUGAGAAUGUUGUUUAAAGUGAGAAUACUGACACGCCGUGACAUACCAGCGAGAACGGACAUCGACGAUCGAUCUGUUCCGACGAACGCAGCACCUUUCGAUUGGAUCACGGCGUCAAUGAGCACCGGAUACCUGGAAAAACUCCGCCCCAAGGACUCUCAAAUUGACGAAGGACGCACCACUCGCCAUAAAUGUGUGCUGUGCGUGAAUGGUCUAUCCUCAGCCAUCCGAGUUCAGCAACGUCGUGCCACCAGAUCGCAUCCUUCUCAUCACUCGUCAUCACCACGUGGUGAAUUCUGACACCGCUGAGCCUGAGCAUCUCCGCUCUUAUCUGCUGUACUUGUCGGUUGAUUGCAGCAAGAGAUGCGA